AUGACGAGAAGGACGCCUCAAGUAUUCAAGCUUUUGGAAUACGUCUGCAUAGGCCUUUUUCUCAUUGCAGCUGUAGAGCUCUUCAAAUACUCAACGAGAGUCAAUUACGAGUGGUUCCAUUGUACUCCUAUCAAAGAGCCAGUCAGUGAAAAUAGUUCUGCGUUCAAGAUUUUUGCAAUUGGUGGACCAAGCUGCGACAAGAGGGGUGAGUAUAAGGCGAUUAUGAAAAAAAUCACGUACGACUAUGAACCCAAUGAUGAAUCGGUUUCCUUCUGUAUCAAGGAAAACGCAGAUGUCACACCUAUUCACUACCCAAUUGACACUCCAAAGGGGGCUCCCGGGUAUGUGGCUUACGCUGCUUACGACUCCGAUGCACAGUUGAUCAGUCAAUUGUGCGAUGAUGCUAUCAUUAUGCAUUUCUAA